AUGUCCACGACCCCUUCCAUUCAGUCAUCUACUCGCACUCCUGCUCUUGCGCGCAUAGGUAUGGCUUCCGAUCCGGGCUUGGCUGACACCGGACUCAACGACAACUUCGGGACGGCGAGAACACAGAGCCCGAGCCAUGAACUCAACGACGGCCAAUUACGCCCUCUUCCUCCCUUGAGUCAAGAGGAAGGGGAGGAUCCCUUGGGGAUGAACGCAGGUCCACCGGACAUUUCGAAAGAGGAAUAUGCCGCUGAGUCAGACGAAGAAGUAGAGGGGAGCGACGAUGACCCUCCAUACAGUCCUGGCGACAGGUCUCCGGACGAGGACGAGCCCCCGUCUAGAUUACUGCAUUUCACAUAUAGGCGCCCCCUUGGCGUAUCUACAAGCACCUUCAGCAAGAACUAUGUGAACGAUUUAGAUCCAAACGGUGGACAAUGUCUGCUUACCCGCGACCUGGCGACGGAGACAGGCGUUGAAAACGCUCAUCUUCUCCCUCAAGCCUGGAACAGCCAGCCUAAACUGCUCACGAGGUGCGAGUGGGCUCUGGGCCAAAAGUACAAAAGUCUCCAUGUUGACGAGCCUAGAAACAUUGUUAGAAUCCGUAGGGAUUGGCAUUGGAAUUAUGAUCAGAAUAUGUUCCUCUUGAUGCCUUCAUUGAAGAUCAUCGAUGCCUUUGAGGCCAGGAGAGUGGUUCUCGAGGCAUCACCAUCCAACCACCCCCCGGACAUCAUGUCGCUCUAUGGCGAGGAGGACGUCUUUGAAUAUCGCCUCGUUCCACUUAGGAAAGAAAUUACCAACAUCUUUCGGUUCAAGCGGGAUGAUGAACCCAUCUCAUCAACCACCUCGAAUGCUUAUCAUAGCUCCUCCAGAUCUAACCCCAUACCGCCGACCACCUCGGACGGUGACCGCACCACAUCCGAAUCUGACCCGUCACCGCCUGCUGUUUCUGUGGUCAAUCAUCAUGCAGUCGAUUCCCAUGUCACUGCAUCGCAUCUCGGUCCUCCUGAUCUUCGGCCUCAAUUAUCUGCGCAAAAAUCCAACUGUAUUGCUGAUGGAGACUCCCCAUCAUCAAACACUCGUCAUUCAUAUGUAGAUGCCAGCACUCAAACGGAACCAGGCCUUCCUACAACUGAGACAGAAAUCCCCACCACUCAAGACAGUACAUCAAAGAUGAAACUUCCCGCUGCCGGAUCAAAAUGGUCAUCCCAUAGUUACCCAUUCGACACACUGCCGGUUCUUCGCUCCCAUGCCCUACCGCACUUCGUUCUGAUAAACGCAGGGGAGAAACUCAGCCGGUUGAACCUGCGGGACCUUGCAGUCGCGGUCGCUCCCAUCUUCAAAAUUACUGAAUAUCAAGCAAUGCGGUCGCUAAUGAAGCUGCACAAAGUCUAUCUUUCGUGGGUCAAUGCAGUGGUUCCAUCAGAAUUUCACUCUAGGGCCCCGCCGGCGGCAUCAAACGACAAGAAGAAAAAAGGCAAGGAGCAGGAGCAAGCCAGUAUAAUGGUAUCUGGAACGCUUGGAGACGGUGCCAGCGUGGACAUUACCGAUCAUCUACACGCGAAGACAGAGCGGAAUGAUGGCCCGACGGAGUCCAACAGGAGUCAGCGUGCUUCUGACCGCCAAAAAAAGAAAGAAGAAAGAACAGGUCAUUCCAUUACGGAUGCCUUGGAUGCUCCAGAAAUCCAAACCCCUGCGCCGGGCUCAGACCCGGCAGGAUCAGGCCAUCCUACCGAGCCAUCUCACUCAUCCAUUGCCGAAUCCCUCCCUGCUCUGGACACCAACCCCGCUGCUUCAUCCGUCGUUCCCACCGAACCCGCUGAAACCAUCGCACCCGCCGGGGCUAUCAGUCUUGCUGUACCUGCUCCGGUCAAGCCCAUCGAGGUCCCCUUGUACAGCCAAGUGGCGGCAGAGGGGAAGUCAGUCACAUCCGGGAAGGCCCCGGUCGGUACAUCCGGCCAGGCACGUCGUAGUAUACCGACGAAGAUUCCGACGGCCAUCCAGACCAAUGCGUGGAACAGGGCUGACGUAGGGAAACCAUUUAGACAGGAAAUCACCCAAUCUGGGAAACUGACAGCUAGUAGCAGCAUACCAAUACAGAACACGACGACCGCGCAGGAAAACUCGGACUGGACGACAGUAAGGCACCGUUCCCCUCCAGCUAGAUCCAAGACCAGGGACUCUGGUCGUCCCUCAGAAUCUCUUGGACGUGACUCGCUACCAGCCAAAUCUCGUGCUCUUGGCGCCGGUUCAAUUGCUUCACAAGACAACAUUUUGACAAUAGCGAAACGCUAUCAGGCUGUAAGUGGAUCGCACGCCAAUGACACUGGACACACUUCAGGACAUCUGGGCAAAGGUAAGGUAUCACCUCGGGCUAAUGUUCCUCACACGAGAGCAAGUGCACCGCUCGACGUACCUGGACGCGUCGGAGGAGACCCGCAGAGCCAGAGGAUCACUCGAGGUCUGCCGGCCUCUUCACGAGGACUUGCCUCUGCUGACCAAGAUACUCGUACGACCGAACACUCUUCGAACCACAAAUUCAGCAAGAGCAGAGGCGAAGGGGCCAUGGAGUAUCCGCCGGAGCAGAAACGGAGGCGAGUCACACGGCCAUUAGAAGGUGGAGCGGGCCUGUCAAGUUCCCGUAUUCCACUGCCGGCGAGGAGCAAGAGGUUCAUAGACCGGAUGAAGCCUAAUAUGAUGCCUUCCAUGUCGAAUCGGAGGGUCUCCUUCGCUCAAGAUCAGGAAGAGAAUACCCCCGUAGCAUCUGGAUCACAAGGUAUGACUAAGAGGAUGCCUGUGAACAUGACACGUACGCAAGACAAGGACGAAUCCACGGGCGACCAGAGAGACUCCGGGUCGAAGCACACAGACAACAAUGAGCAAGACGGUAAGGGUCGUAAGUCAUCUAAAUCGGGGAAGAAGAGGAGGUACUCUAGACGGUCGUUGGGCGAAACGAUCUGA